AGCCUCUCGCAGCACAAGCAGGUUCAGCUGACGCGGCGCUGGGAGCUAGUAGACACGGAGCAAGCUCACUCCUGCAAUGCAUCAGCACCACAAUAAACCCAGUGCUACCACAGACUCUGCUAAAGCUGCCGUGCAUCUAUCGCCAUGGUGAGAGAGAAAAAGAGCGCCUGGACCUUGACUCUGUUGCCAUGGUGACCCUGUAGCAAGCAACAGUCACUAUGGGAACAUCCAGGAUGUUCCGCAUUUUUGUAGUCCUGGGCUCAGCCUUUAUGAUCCUUCUGAUCAUCAUCUACUGGGAUGAUGUCGGUGCCUCCCAUUUCUAUUUGCACACCCCUGUCUCGCCGGGCCCCAAAGUCCCACACCCCCCUCCUCAGAAGAGGCCGCAGACCUCUAGAGCCCCGUCCUUCCUGUCGGAUAUUGAUGCCUUCGUUAACCAGUUCUUAGAGCCGGGAACUGGUGAGCCCACUGACACUGCCCCAGCUGACACAAGCAACCAAUCAGAGAAAGCAGAAGAACGAUACAUACCACGACGGGAGUGGAAGAUUCAUCUGACCCCUGUGGCUCCAGAGCUCCGCGAGAGACAGGAGCAAAGGCGGAGGUUGCUUCAGGAUAUGUGCGCUAAUGACAGCGUCGUCUUUCCCAGCAAAAACCGUUCAUUUGACGACAUUCCCAACAAGGAGCUGGAUCAUCUUAUUGUGGAUGACAGGCAUGGUAUUAUCUACUGCUAUGUUCCCAAGGUAGCGUGCAGUAACUGGAAGCGCAUAAUGAUAGUUCUCAGUGAGAGCCUGCUGCAGGAGGGUGUUCCUCAGAGAGACCCCCUGGCUAUCCCCAGGGACCUGGUCCACAACACCAGCAUGCACUUCACCUUCAAUAAGUUCUGGAAACGUUACGGCAAGUUUGCAAGGCACCUCAUGAAGGUGAAGCUGAAGAAGUACACCAAGUUCCUCUUUGUGCGCGACCCUUUUGUGCGUCUCAUUUCUGCCUACCGGAAUAAAUUUGAGCUGCCCAAUGAGGACUUCUACCGGCGUUUUGCGCAGGUCAUGCUGCGUCGCUACGCCAACCAGCCGACGCCGCCUGCUUCUGUGGAUGAAGCCUUUUCUUUGGGUAUCCAUCCCUCUUUCUCCCACUUCAUCCAGUACCUCCUGGACCCUCAGACAGAAAAGGACAUGCCUUUUAAUGAGCACUGGCGGCAAGUGUAUCGACUUUGUCACCCAUGUCAAAUUCAGUAUGACUUUGUGGGACACUUGGAGACGGCAGAGGAGGAUGCCGAGCACUUGCUGCGCUUGCUGCGAGUAGACAACGUGGUAGAGUUUCCCACCUCCAGCAGGAACCUUACAGCCAGCAGCUGGGAGUCGGACUGGUUCAGCACAGUGCCUGUAGAGGCACGUAGGGAACUAUACAAGCUGUAUGAACCCGACUUCAGGCUGUUUGGCUACGAGAGACCAGACUCACUCCUCAAUGAGUGACUCAUGGAUCUUUUGAGCUAACGCAGCCAUGCAGACAAAAUGUUUUUAUUUUUAUGUUCACCCCAACCACAGUGACACACCCGUCUUUGUUCUGGGUUCUGCAGAUGUGUUCUCCAGUGUUGUUUAUGCUACACUGAAUGUGAAAACAUUAGGGACACUCAGUGUUUUGAGGAAGCACAUUAAUGAGUUGAAGCCUUUAUCAAUUAUGGUUUUUCUUAAGUAACCAAGGUAAUAAGAAGCACACAGGUUUGGGCGGGACAGUUAAGGUAUGAAGGAACAGGUGUCCUUGAGAUGAUGUGUGUUCAGUGUAGUCCUUAAAGGGGACCUGUUAUGGUCUUUCUUUUUUUUCUCUUUCAUAAAUGUCCACAGUAGUGGAUGUUGAUAUUAAACAUGGCCAAAAUUUCAAACCUUUUUCAAGCCCGAAAUAGUCACUUUGAAACUGAUUUUUUUUUUUCUACAUAGCAGAUAUUCCUAAUAUGGUCAUCUCAUAGCUGUCAGCACACAAGCCCCAUCCAUCUGCUGCUCAGACCUUCUGUUUACAAAGGGCCGAUCUGAAGAAAGCUGGCUUAGAGGGAGGGAAAAGGAGGCGAACAGUAGAAUCUGAGGGGCUGCACCAAGGCCCAGUUUGAGAUAAAAAAGGUUUUUUUAUUUAGUCUCUGAAUCCUGCAAAGUUAUGACAGUAAUAGGUCCCCUUUAAUUCAAAACUCCAUGCUGUGUGUGCUGCAAUCCCGGUUUUUGAUGUCCCCUCCAUGCCUGCCAUUUGUGGCCACAGUUGUGUUGUGACUAACUGUGAUGAUCAGAGAGGCUUCUGUAGUGCGACGGUUGAAAGAAACCACCUCUGUGGGGGAACAGAAGCUAUGCAGUGGUUUUGGAAAUUUGGCCUGUUUAAAUAAAAAAAGUGUCCCUAGACUAGUUUUAAAUGUAGUUGUACUAGAGUGGUAGAUGUCGGCUAAUUUAUUUCAUGUUGUAUAAGUGCAAUGUUUGUUAAGCAUGAAAGGGAAUUUUCUGUUUUAAAAAAAUGCAUAUUAAUGCCAGUUCUGCCUCAUACACAGACAUGAAGAAUACACCGAUCAAGCAUAACAUUAUGACCACUGACUGAAGUGAAUAACACUGGGUGGGAUAUAAUAGGGAGCAAGUGAACAUUUCAGCCUCACUGAUGCACGUAGGGGAGCGACGGCAAGCCGGCAGAGGCAGUGUGAUGCUUUGGGCAAUGUUCUGCUGGGAAACCUUGGAUCCUGACAUCCAUGUGGAUGUUACUUUGACACGUACCACCUACUUAAGCAUUCCCUGAUGGUUGUGGCCUCUUUCAGCAGGAUAAUGUGCCCUCCCACAAAGCAAAAAUGGUUCAGGAAUGAUUUGAGGAGCACAACAAGUUUGAGGUGUUGACUUGGCCUCCAAAUUCCCCAGAUCUCA